UUAUAUCAAAGAGUAUGAAAAUAAUUUUUAUAAAAAAUGUACAUUAUAGGCCUGCGAUUUAGUUAACGUGAGUUUUUUUUAAAAAUAAUAAAGAGGUAUUCUAUUUUUUUUAAAUAUUUGGACGCAAAAAAAAAACUGUGCCUUUAAAACCAACUACAACUAGUUUGUGUUGCGCUUGAUAAUCAAAAAAUUAUCACAACAAACAACUUUUUUUUUUGUUAGUGAACUUACUAUCAUCGUUUUAUGUAUCGAACGCACUCUUUUAAAAACAAAAAAAUCCCUGAAGGCUGGGAUUUAAUUGAAGAAACUGUAGAAGAUUUUAAAAAAAAAAUGCGCGAUGCAGAAUUGGAGCCUCAUGAAGGCAAAAGAAAGUGUGAAUCAUUAUGGCCUAUAUUUCGUAUACACCAUCAACGCUCAAGGUAUAUUUAUGAUAUGUAUUUCAUAAAACAGAGUAUAAGCAAGGAAUUGUAUGAUUAUUGUUGCCAAGCGGGUUACGCGGAUCGAAAUUUAAUUGGGAAAUGGCGUAAACAAGGAUUUGAGAAAUUAUGUUGUUUAAAAUGUAUUCAGCCUUCCAAUUCUAAUUUUGGUACAACUUGUAUUUGUCGUGUUCCCAGUAAGGAUUUAGAAAAAGGAAAGGUUGUUGAAUGUACGCAUUGCGGCUGUCGUGGAUGCGCUAGUAGCGAUUAAAUGGUGAAUCUAAAAUGAUUUUUGAAAUUGUGUGUCUUUUGCAUGCAUUCCUUUAGAUACCGAUGCAUCACUCGAAAAAAAGUCUUAAAAAUAACAAAAAAAAAGUAUAAAAAAACAUUGCUUUCUCGUAAAGUGUAUUUUGUGCAAUAGAGAAACGCCGAUGCAUUUUAUAGUUUUUCAAAAAUAAAAUAUUGUGAACGCAUGAUCUUUUUAACGACACAGAAAAAAAAUUAGCAUGUAAUCAGAGACUAACAUACUUUUACGUUUUAAUUCAAUGACUUUUUUUCUUAUGAAAAUGCUUUUCGCCUAAUAUCCAAUCAAUAUGUUAUACACCAUUUCAGUAAACGUUCACAAGGCUUCUUUUUUGCAUCAAUUGAGUAUGAGAUAAUGUUUACGAUAUUUUAACAAAGUGGAGAGUAGAUAAUGCCAAUAAAUAUACGAGAAUUGAAUUGUCGCCAUUGCAUGCUUGUAAACAAUACAAAAAAAAAGAUGAAAAAAGUUCAAAACGACAUCUUUAAAAACACUUCUGCCACUACCAUAAGAUUUGAAAAACGUUGUCACAUUUUGAUGCUGUGUGUCUUGAUGUACUUUGUUGAAAGAGGUUUUGGGACUAGUUGAAGUGCUUGACUAAAUAGAUCUAAGAUUGUAAUUUCAAAGUAGAACAUGCAUACGAAAAAAAUGAUUCAAACAUAAGAUUUUCAAAAACGUGGUAAAAAACGACACUAUUAAUUCAUCUUUUGUUCCAAGUAUGCCACACAUGCGUCCAACCUGCAUGAAAAUCAAAGGAUUCGGUACGAUUCAUUUCAAAACCAAUCAGUCGAUAUUAAACUUUGUGGCAAUGUUUUUAAUUCAAUUUUUCGUCAAUGUUUUAUUUGUUGUUACAACUUGUUUUCAUAUAGCUUUAGCAAACACACGCUUGGAGAAUCUUCGUACUGUGGCAUCGGUACCAGCAACUUACGACUUAAGCACAUUAAAAAAUAUGCAAUCAGAAUGCAAUCGUUCGACAAGGGUACUAAGUGAAAAAAAUCCACAUGAAAAUACUUCAAAAUCCAUGAAAUCGCAUCAUCAAAACCUAAAUAGCAGUGGGGUCAAAAGACUUUAUGUACCUAACAGUAACGCUCCCCCACAACAUAAAAGAAUUUUAGUUCUUAAAAGAAGGGUACCAUCUAAAUUAAAACAAAAUACAGAACGUACACAACCAAUCACUAUUUCAACAGAGUCCACGAAAAACGUUGAGAACAUUAAUGAACAGGCUCAAGACAACGAUAGGAAACUAGGCAAACUUUUUCACUUCCGACCAAGGGUUGUAAUGAAAACAUUAACGCCUCUAAAAGUGAACGCAAACUGGUAUACACCAUCUACCCAUAACGCAACGGCUAGGCUCGCUAAUGUAUCAACAAAAACACACAAAACUCCUUUAAUAGACUAUCUGAGUAGCAUCAGUAAUGGGGUCAACAGAAGUCCUUCAACUAUUACGACUUUGCAAGGACAAAACACUAGAAAGAUAUCGCAAACUCAAACCGCUACCAACAAAACAGAAAACAAUUUUCAAUCAAACAUUUGGAAGUGUUACGACACAGACACGAAUAAAAUUGUUCCAUGUGUAAGGAAAAUAAGAACAAAUCCAAAGCACCUCGACACAGAGAGCACUUUCCUCCACACCCCUAUGCCACAAGUAGUGCAUGAAAGUCAGACUACUAGACCUUUAAAUUCCAAGAAAAAUGCCUUUCUACUAGUUAGAAGAAAUCUACUCGAUAUGACUAGAAACAAACAUUUCACAACUACAACGAAACCCUUUUCAUCUUAUUUCCAAUCUACACAAGUUCGUCAAAACAGAUUAAAUUCAAUAUGAGCUUUUAGACAAUAUAUUUUAUAACAAUUUUUUUUUGAAAAACAAUUUAAAUGAACUUCUCGUGGUUUAUCAUCAAAAUAAAUCUUUAUAAAAAAGCUCUUUCAGAGGAAAGAUUUUGACGAUCUAGAA